UCACACCACUUACAUUCAUUCAUGCUUAUAAUUCAGGAAGGAAGGUGACAGACAACCGAAGACAGAAACCAGAACUGAAGCUCCUCCACUGUUGGAUACAACUUUCUGCGAAGCCACUACCAAAUUCAGAUUCUGUUCACAUUUCCUUUUCAACUAAGAAAUCGUUUCGCCAGAAAUAAAAAGGUUUCCUGCUCUUCGCCGUUUUCAUUUGCAGAUUUGUUUUAGCUCAUGUCCUUCACUACUGAGUGUACUCAGUAACUGGCUGCACUCGAAACCAGCUCUUGGGCGUGUGAACUGCGAUUUGUAGUGAGUGAGAUCCUCUCUGGCACUUAGCCAAAAGAGGGAAGAAGAAUGAUUCCCCUUUCCAGCAUCCUGGGGUACGAAAAGUGUGACAGAUACUUAAUUUUUAGUGGAGAAUCUGCCCUUGGGGAUGGUUUUCGAGCAUUUUUGUAUUUUCUUGGCCUUGCUUACUGCUUUAUCGGACUGUCGGCUAUAACCGCUCGCUUCUUUCAAUCGAUGGAAAAUGUGGUCAAGCAUACAAGGAAGGUAGUGGAGGUAGAUCCUGUUACUAAAACUGAAACCAUUAGACAUGAAAAAGUUUGGAAUUACACUGUUGCGGAUAUUAGCCUCUUGGCCUUUGGAACUAGCUUUCCCCAGAUAUCAUUGGCCACCAUUGAUGCUAUACAGAACAUGGGGAAUCUCUAUGCUGGAGGUUUGGGGCCCGGAACACUUGUUGGUUCUGCUGCAUUUGAUCUUUUCCCCAUCCACGCCAUUUGUGUAGUAGUUCCAAAAGCAGGAGAGCUAAAGAAGAUUGCUGAUCUAGGGGUAUGGCUGGUGGAGCUGUUUUGGUCAUUUUGGGCGUACAUUUGGUUAUACAUAAUUUUGGAGGUAUGGACUCCAAACGUUGUGACUCUGUGGGAGGCCUUGUUGACAGUACUACAAUAUGGAUUACUAUUGAUCCAUGCUUAUGCUCAAGAUAAACGUUGGCCUUAUAUUUCUCUACCCAUUGCAAGAGAUGAGAGGCCAGAGGAUUGGGUACCAGAGGAGACUCCUUAUUUUAAACAGGAAGUCUAUCAGAAGAUGAAUUCCUCUGAGAUAAAGCAUGUUAGAGAAGAAAAUCGCGAUACUUUUGAUAUUUUUUCCAUUCAUUCAGAAAACCCCACUGAUCCAUUGUGUGUCACAGUACCUCAAACAGAUGAUGAGGCUGAAAUUUUGGACAAAGCUAAGGAAACAACCUUGGAGGAUACCCACUUGCUUACAAUUUGGAGACAGCAAUUUGUGGAUGCACUAAGGUUGAAGAACCCAGAAGCAAAAAAAUUAAAAAAUACGUAUCUCCUCCUAGUUCGAAUUUUCUGGCAAUUGCUACUUUUACCAUGGAGAUUUCUAUUUGCUUUUGUUCCUCCUUGCCAAAUUGCUCAUGGAUGGGUCUCGUUCAUUUGCUCCCUGCUUUUCAUCAGCGGGAUAGCUUACAUUGUGACUAAGAUCACAGAACUUAUAAGUUGUGUUACAGGAAUAAAUGGUUACGUGAUAGCAUUUACAGCACUAGCCAGUGGAACCUCGUGGCCUGAUCUAGUGGCAAGCAAGAUUGCUGCUGAACGUCAAAAAACUGCUGAUUCUGCAAUUGCAAAUAUCACUUGCAGUAAUUCAGUGAAUAUAUAUGUUGGAAUUGGUGUUCCAUGGCUUAUUGAUACUUUGUACAACUUCAUAGCAUAUCGAGAACCUCUCAGAAUCCAAAGUGCAGGGGGAUUAAGCUUUUCACUGAUUGUUUUCUUUUGCACUUCUGUCGGGUGUAUAUCAGUUUUGGUUUUCAGGCGUAUAAUUUUUGGAGCAGAGCUAGGAGGGCCUAGGCUCUGGGCAUGGAUUACCUGUGCUUUCUUCAUGUUGUUGUGGAUUAUCUUUGUUGUACUAUCUUCACUCAAGGUUUCUGGAUUCAUUUAGAAUUUCAUAUAAAAAUAUUGAGUCAACACCACAUCUUGAUAUAUGAAAGAUGAGUGCCUUCCUAAAUAGGUUUUGAAUAAAAUUCUAUACAAAUGAGUCUAAAAAAAUU